CCCUCCAGCUACCGCAUUUCUCUAUAAAACACCCCACUGCCCAAAACACACACCAAUUCAGAUCCAAAAAAUGGUUACAUCUGAAGUCAACAACAAGAGCUUCUCUCUUCUCCUCGUCUCUGUUCUUCUCUCUUUUGCAAUCCUCUCUCAAUCUGCUGAUGAUUGUGUAUACACAGUGUACACAAGAACAGGAUCAAUCAUCAAAGGAGGAACGGAUUCAAAAAUCUCACUAAGACUAUACAGCAAAUACGGUAAGUACAUCGAGAUCCCAAAUCUUGAAUCAUGGGGUGGACUAAUGGGUCCUGGUUACGACUAUUUCGAAAGAGGUAAUCUUGAUAUUUUCAGUGGAAGAGGUUAUUGUCUGGGUUCACCGGUUUGUGCCAUGAAUCUUACUUCCGAUGGUACUGGUUCCGGUCACGGAUGGUAUGUGAAUUAUGUUGAAGUUACAACUACCGGGGCACAUAUUAACUGUGGUCAACAGAAUUUUGAAGUUGAAGAUUGGCUUGCUCUUGAUAGAUCUCCUUAUAGUCUUACCGCUAUUAAGAAUAAUUGUAAUCAGAAAUUAUCUGAAAAUUCUCAUUCUGCUGAGUCUAUGUAAAAUUUGAUCUUUGCUUGAUUGGGUGGUGGUUCAGUAGUGAAGAUAAGUGAGAGUGAUCGGAUGGUUGUCAUUGUGUGUUGUAUUGUUGAAAUUUGAUCCUGAAUAAAAUGAUUGAGUGAGUAGUGUUUUUUUUUUGUUUGGCCAUCUUAGUCUUAGACAUGAUGGUGAGACUGUUUCUCUUUUGGGGUUUGAUUUGAUGCAAUUUUUUGGUUUUCUUGGUUGCAA